GAUUUUAUUCUGCAGACUUGCAAUGCGAGAGCUUAGAACCGAUCGCUCACGGUCAACCUGAAGCCACUGGUAACAUAUUUGGGUCAAAGGUUACGUACAAAUGUUAUAGUGGGUACUGGAUGUCGGGAUCAAGACAGCGAGUGUGCCAGGGAGACGGCUCGUGGAGUGGUAAGACUCCUGCUUGUAAGAAAAAACCUCUGUGUGGUUCGCCACCUAUUGUUAACCAUGCAAGAUACUCUGCUAGCUUGGACAAGCAGGAGUUUGAAGUAGAUACGAUCGUCAACUAUACUUGUUUCCCCGGCUACCAGGUGGUAGGACUACCACGAGCUAAAUGUAUGUUUUACAACACUUCAGCUCAGUGGUUUGGUCCGGACUUACAUUGCACUCCUCGAAACUGUGGUGAUCCCGGAUAUGUCAGAAAUGGCGACAGAAGCGGAAAUAUAUUUACAUUCAGCCGGAGUGUCGUGUAUUUCUGUUAUCGGGGGUUUGAACUCGAAGGUCCCAGCACUCGGUACUGUAAUGCUAGCGGUCUGUGGAGCGGCGUGUUGCCUUCCUGUAAACCUGUCCAAUGUCCUGUCCCUGCAGCUCCACCUAACGGAAAAGCUAUUUUCACUACUCUGGCCUAUAACUCUGUAGUGAAAUACGAAUGUCACCAUGGUUACCGAUUGUCAGGUUCCGUGACAAGACAGUGUAAAUAUGACAAAGAAUGGGAGGGGGAGGAGCCUUCUUGCGAAGAAACAAACUGCGGGAAGUUGAAAGAUCUCCAUAACGGUUACCUACAAGGCAAGACAACGACUGUAGGCUCAGUUAUAGUUUUUCACUGCUUUGAUGGAAUGAAGUUUCAGGGAAACUUUAUUUCGACCACGUGUCUAGAAAAUGGUACUUGGUCCAAUCCACUUCCCCAAUGUUUAGCUUACUGUGUUGUCCCGGAUGUAACAAAUGGUCGAGUAAAUCAGUUUCAGCCAGGAACGAGAGUAGAGGAUGGACAAGAAAUCCACGUGGAUUGUAAGCAGCAGCACGAGCUCCUGUACAACGCUACACCUGUAACAUGCAGGAACGGCACGUGGACGCACGUGCCUGUCUGUGUACCUGCUAGAUGUAAAUAUCUUCCGAGAAAGCCACGUCACGGAAUGGUCAUCGCUCCUAAAACUGACCACGGACGAACAGCUCUAUUUCGUUGUAAAGACGGAUACAGAAUCGUUGGCCCUAACGUUACCACGUGUAGCUUUGGUCAGUGGAUUGGGAAUGUUCCUCGCUGUGAGGAAAUCUACUGCCCAUUCCCUGGGUAUCUAAAGCACGGUCGAGUCCUUCUCGUUGGAUACAUGGGGAUGUAUGACUACAGGCCAUACGUUCGAAAAGUGAAAAAUAAUAGGCAGAUCAUGUACGAAUGUCAAAGAAGUUACAUGUUGACGGACGGCCCCCCCGGAGCUACGUGUGUCGAUGGAGCCUGGAGCCCCGGCAACCUACCCCACUGUGUAAGGGGGUCACAUCCCCGCAUUCGCUUGAUUCGUUCCUUAAAGGUCAGCCGUCAAGAGGCGUUGGCAGAGAAAGAGAACGAAAUAAGUGGACAUUCUUCAAAUAAACCACACAGUGACCAUAAGUUGACUAUGACCAUCAGAGAGAAGAGGAAAGGAGAAUUACUUCAGAAAAAAACAAAUAUACGACGUAAAUAUAAAGAUCCGUGUCCAUUCCUACAUCCCAGUCCCUGGAUGAAGAUGAAACGUCUACGACCAAGAAAAUGGAGUAGAACUGUGCCACAUGGGACCAAAUAUCACGUGACUUGUACAAAUGGGUAUCAUUUGAAUCUACAUAAGACUUUUAUUAAAUGCGUUAGAGGUCGUUGGAAGCCGAAAGAGCCACAGUGUGUGGCGUCUCCGUGUGAGUUACCGGAAGUGGCAAAUGGAUACUACAUGAUUGGAUAUAGAGCAGGUCUAAAUGUUUCCCAUGGGUCAGUUGUGGAGUAUGAUUGUAACUAUGGCUAUGUCAAGGGGAUCACCAACCUCUUACUGUGCGAGAGUGGAAAACUCAAACCCCAUUCGCCCGUGUGCCUUCCCUCUAGUACCAGUUUUUUUCCUAUUGAUGAAGAGCGUAAAAGUUUUAUUCAUAAUCGAAAAAACCGUAACUGCACCUUUCGAAACAGCGACCCACAUCUGGUAGCUUUCCAUGGUGACAAACAACUCAAGAAGGGGGUGAUGCAGUUUUUGCCACAUUCUGAAUUGGUGUUCCGGUGCCAAGAUAUAGGAAAAUUUAGUUUGAUUGGCAGCGUGCGAAGAUUUUGUGUGAUGGGAGAGUGGACCGGAGUUAAACCCUCGUGUUACGGUUUGUCCCAGGAAAAUAAUUAUGCACUGGAAGACCCUCCAACCAUAUUAUUCCGCCACCAUUUAGGACCUAUAGCUCAGAGUAACGACGGUAAGUUACUUGUCUAUCCUGGAACAGUCCUUCAUCUUGAAUGUUUGUGGAUCCGGAAGUAUGGUGCGCCGAAAUGGGAAGUUAAUCACUCAUACCGAAAGUAUCCAGAAGGCUGGACAAACGAACCAGGAAGAGACUCUCAUCUGGAGUAUCGACUGUCCAUCUAUAAUGCGCAGAAAGACGACUCUGGUCAGUUUACUUGUAUCUCGCCUAUGGGCCAUCGUCACUCUGUAAAUUUGGUUGUAGAUGGUAAGUAAUCUUAUGAUAACCAUGGUUCUACAAGAAUUGCAUCGGUUCUGAGGAAACAAACGUUCACUACUUUUAUUUUUAACUCUGUGCAUUUGGACGUGGAUGAUAAGUAACCUUAUGAUAACCAUGGUGAACACUUUUCUAGUGUCUUAGACUGGCGGGAAAGAUGGAAGGUCUUAGUCAGGCGAAUUGCUGUCUUAAAGUUCCAAUAUCAUCACUUACGUUUGUGUUUAGUUUAAAAAGUUAACAGAAGAAAGUUCCAAUUUUCGGGUUCUCACAUUUCAGAUUUUUUUUUUCAGCGGAGAAUGCCUCAUAAAAACUCAUCCAAAAUCGUGGUACUAUUAUAACAACAGUACCUAGUUAGCUGAGCCACACUGUAGUACAGUUAUAACCACCGUACCUAGUUAGCUGAGCCACAAUGUAGUACUGUUAUAACCACCAUACCUAGUUAGCUGAGCCACAAUGUAGUACUAUUAUAACAACCGUACCUAGUUAGCUGAGCCACAAUGUAGUACUAUUAUAACAACCGUACCUUGUUAGCUGAGCCACAAUGUAGUACUAUUAUAACAACAGAACCUAGUUAGCUAAGCCACACUGAAGUACUAUUAUAACAACAGAACCUAGUGAGCUAAGCCACACUGAAGUACUAUUAUAACAACAGUACCUAGUUAGCUGAGCCACAAUGUAGUACUAUUAUAACAACAGUACCUAGUUAGCUGAGCCACAAUGUAGUACUAUUAUAACAACCGUACCUAGUUAGCUGAGCCACAAUGUAGUACUAUUAUAACAACAGAACCUAGUUAGCUAAGCCACACUGAAGUACUAUUAUAACAACCGUACCUAGUUAGCUGAGCCACACUGUAGUACAGUUAUAACCACGAUACCUAGUUAGCUGAGCCACAAUGUAGUACUGUUAUAACCACCAUACCUAGUUAGCUGAGCCACAAUGUAGUACUGUUAUAACCACCAUACCUAGUUAGCUGAGCCACAAUGUAGUACUAUUAUGACAAC